CCCCCCCUUUCCUCUCAGUAAAGCCUCCCCUGCGUAAGCGUUUUGUUAAGAUCGUUUAGCAGCUGCUGGCCUCGCUGCCAGUUGACGAUAUUUACGCGUGGAUCCAGAUGCUUCAGUCUGGCUGCUAUGAUGAUGAUGAUGAUGAUGACGACAGAAUCUGCUGUCAACAUCAUCAUCAUCAUCACCAUCAGCACCACCACCGUCCACAGUCGUCGUCUUCUUCUCCCCUUUUUUUCCCCAUCCUCUCUUAAUACCAAAUGCCGGUUGUGUAGCUACCGGGAAGGGGCGCUGACAUGAUGAUUAAAGCUGACCAUUUGUAAUGUGUCUGGGGCUCCCUUACAAAGCAGUAAAAGAGGGAUAAUGUGCCUCGAACCGCCAGCUCAAGCCCCGCAGCUGUCCCGCAGCCAGACACAACCACAGAGAGAAAGAGAGAGAGAGAGAGAGAGAGAGAGAGAGAGAGAGACACACUGAGUAUGGGUGGUGAAGUUGGGAGGAGGGCGGUGGUGGGAAGCGCGCCCCCCUCUUCUCUCAAACACACACACGCGUGCGCCUCAGCCCCCACCCCCCCACCACCACCACCUCCAAUCAAUUAGUCAAUCAAUUAGCCGGCCUCCACUCCACGCGCGGUCAUCACGAGGCAGAUUAGCUCAGUAAUGAUCAAAUUAAUUCUUAAUCGCAGAUAAUGGACGCGGAAUGAGUUUAUUAUUUUCAGGAAAAAUGAGUUAGGCCUCUGUAUUAGUUCCAAAGCUGUAUGCGUUUUACCGUCACCCGGACAAUUUAGCAUGCAUAGGAUAAUAGAAAAAGCCGACAUGACAGUUCUUGCAUGAGGUCAUGCUCAGUUGAGUGAACCUUUCUUUGGUUGUUAAGGUAAGAUAACAGACAUGUUAUUUUCACGAGUCACACCAGACUUUUAAAAAGAUAUCAGCGUGGCACAUUUAAGCCACAAAAAUGAUUUUCAAGACUGAUAAAUGUUAUGUUUUAGCAUAAUUAUUCCUUUUCAUAACCAUAUUAGUCCGUAAUAGUGUUGAGUAAUGGACAUUGCCCCUCUUGUUUAAUUUGAAAUACUUUACACAACCUAUAUUGCAUUUUUUAUGGAAUCUGUGCAGUAAAAAAUAAAAUAAAAAGUAGCCUAAAGGUUUCUUCUGGCGUGUUUUGACAGGUUGUAAUAAUUUAAAUGUUGUAAGCACAACUGAAUGCAGGAAUGAGCUCUGCUGCUCUUCUUCGGCUCUCUCGCUCUCAUCCCAUCACAAAACGUUGACAGGAGUUUGAAAUUUCCGGGCUUAUGUCGGAGUCUGGGAUUGGCCCAGGAGGAGCUUACCUACAUGCAAAUUAGGCAACGCAGCCUUGCUGCCUCUGAUCCAGAGCGUGAGGAGGAGGACCAGGAAUACACUCAUGUUCCCCGAGCUCUAGAAAAAACACCUCCAACUCCUCCAAUGUAAAACUCCACAAUUAAACAGGCUAGGGGGAAAAAGGAGGACAAAAGACGCGUUCGUAUUUUUUUUUACGCACCAAUCGUGUAGAAACCAAUAACGGAAUACAAGGGACAGACAGAUUCAGUCAAUACUUCAAUACUGGUAUGAAGCGAGAAUGAGUAGCGCAGAAGACAGCGGGAGCAAGUGCUCGUCGGGCCCGAUUUCCAGCUUUACCAUCCAGUCGAUUUUAGGCACGCCGUCGGAUGCGCCGCGCUCCGGGACCAAGGAGCUCUCCAAGGGAGCGCCGCCGGCGCCGCGGAGGCGCUCCCUGUCUGUGUCCUCAGAGGAGGAGUGCAGCGGCGGGGAGGACUCAGCAGACUGCUUCUGCUCCGACACGGGUCACAGCGAGCCAUGCACCCAGCACCAAGCCCAUAACUUCUCAUGUUUAGGUCCCGCUAAAGGACUUCUGUCUGGAAAUGACGGGCUCGCUCGGCGGCCGCACCUGCCGCAGCCUCUGCUGCAGGAUUACAAGGAGGAGCAGGAGAGACCGUGCCAUCAAAUGUCACCUCUGUCGGAGGAGAGACAGACAGACGGUGCGGACAAGCAGGGCAACUCGGCCAAGAAGAAGACGCGCACGGUUUUCUCCCGGAGUCAGGUGUACCAGCUGGAGUCCACCUUCGACAUGAAGCGGUACCUGAGCAGCUCGGAGCGGGCCUGCUUAGCCUCCAGCCUGCAGCUGACGGAGACUCAGGUCAAGACGUGGUUUCAGAACAGGAGGAACAAAUGGAAACGGCAGCUCUCAGCUGAACUGGAGGCGGCCAACAUGGCCCACGCCUCCGCACAGACACUAGUGGGGAUGCCGCUGGUUUUCAGAGAUAACUCCUUACUGCGUGUUCCAGUUCCCCGGUCUAUCGCCUUUCCGACGCCCCUGUACUACCCGGGGAGCAACCUGCCAGCGCUACCUUUAUACAACCUGUAUAACAAGAUUGAGUACUGAUUGACUCUACAGUAUGUUCACCACUGCAGUCCACGUAAAAACAUAUUACAAAACAAUACAUUCCUAUAAGUGUCUCGACAUAACCCCUGUAUAUUGAUUGUAUCACUUUAUUUGUUGAGGAAAUUCUUAUUAUGCAGCAACUGUACGUCUCACAAGAAAGCAAUCAAGCUUCCCUAUAUGUAUAAAAUACACCAUGUGUAUAAUUAAUUAUAAUAAUUUUGUACUUUUUAUUUUAUUUUUGUUCUCUUCCUCAUUACUGAUAAAAUAUUGGAGUUUAGCCUUCAUAUCACAAGAAAUGCGUUUACACUGUUUUUUUUUUUUUUAAAAUCCAUAAUUGGUUUGUCAGAUAUUUUGCAAAGCAUCAGUCAUUUUAUUUCACCUGACAUGAACCCUAAUGCUGACAGGAAAAACAUCAUUGUUUCUAUUCUGUAAUUUAGACCUUCAAGAAUAACCUUCUCAUUCAAUAAAUUUUCUAUUUCAG